AUGGAAAGAAUUGAACUUUGGGACUCUUUGUAUUAUCUGGCUUCUGAUAUGACAUUGCCAUGGCUUGUUGGUGGAGACUUUAAUGUCAUAUGUGAUGAAGAGGAGAAGUAUGGUGGCCUGCCAGUGUCUUUGAAUGAAGUGGAGGACUUUAGACACUGCAUAAAUACAUGUAACCUUACAGACUUGGGUUACAAGGGCAGUGUGUUCACUUGGUGGAAUGGGAGAGGUUAUGGAGAUUGUGUGUUUAAAAGGUUGGAUAGGUGCUUGGGAAAUAUUGAGUUUCAGCAGCUAUUUCCAGGCCUGCAGAUAACUCAUCUGAUCAAGCAAGGAUCAGAUCAUUCCCCACUUUUCAUAGAAUGCAAGGACCAGGUUCCAAAAGUGAGAAAAUCUUUCAAAUUUCUCAAUUUCUGGGCCAAACAUGAAACUUUCAUGGAUAUAGUCAAAACAAACUGGAUAACUGAGCAAAUCUCCAAUCUUGAAGAAGUGAUCAAAGUUCAUGAAGGUCUGUUUGAGGAGAAUCCAACUCUGCAGAAUAGAGAAAAGUUGAGACAGGUGGAGGCUGAGCUGACUAGAGUAUAUGCUCUAGAAGAGGAAUACUGGAAACAGAAGGCAGGUAUGGAGUGGUUCCAAGAUGGUGAUAAGAAUUCUAAAUACUUUCACAAUUAUGUUAAUGGUAGGAAGAAAAUGCUUCAGCUGAAAAGGAUUCAAAAUAAUCAAGGGCAAUGGUUAGAUGAUGAAAAUGAUAUUGCAGAGGAGGCUUUGAGAUUUUUCCAGGAUCAAUUCCAUCAGCAACCUGAAAAUAGAGAUCCUGCAAGAUUUGAUAUCUUGCAUCAUGUCCCUUCUAUGAUCACAAGGGAACAAAAUGAGGACUUGGUUGCAGGUCCUACCAAAGAGGAAGUGCAACUGGCAGUUUUUGGUCUGAGUAGUACUAGUGCAGGAGGACCUGAUGGUUUCACAGGUCUGUUCUUUCAAACAUGCUGGAAUGUUGUUGGUGAUGAUUUAUUCAACAUAGUAUGGGAUUUUCUCAGAGGUGUUGACUUGCCUAGAUACAUAACUCACACACACCUUGUUCUUCUGCCUAAAAAGAAAGAUGUUCAAACUUUUGGUGACAUGAGACCAAUAAGUUUGAGCAACUUUGUGAACAAGGUAAUCUCUAGAGUUAUACAUGAAAGAAUGGUGCAUCUGUUACCAGACUUGAUUUCUCAGAAUCAGGCAGGUUUUGUGAGAGGCAGCAGUAUAGGAGAAAACAUUCUACUAACUCAAGAGAUCAUAACUGAUAUAAGGCUGAGAACUAACAAAGGCAAGAAGAAUGGAAUUGCUGUAGUGCCAAAUGUGGUCAUGAAACUAGACAUGACAAAGGCCUAUGAUAGGCUGUCAUGGCUGUUUCUUACUAAAGUACUGAGGAAAAUAGGGUUUUGUGAAAGAUUCAUAGGUCUGAUCCAUGAGCUCAUAGGUAACAAUUGGUAUUCAGUCCUUAUAAAUGGUCAGCCACAUGGUUUCUUCCAUUCUACCAGAGGGGUCAAGCAAGGUGAUCCUUUAUCACCAACCUUGUUUAUUCUUGUUGCUGAAGUAUUGUCAAGAGGUUUGAAUGCAGUUCAUGAUAAUCUGUGGUAUACUGGCUUUGGUUUGCCUAAGUGGAGUCCAAAAAUAAAUCAUCUAGCAUAUGCAGAUGAUACCAUAAUAUUUAUAUCUUCUUGUGAGAUCUCUUUGGCUUUAAUAAUGGAUGUCCUAACUCAAUAUGAAAAUGCAUCUGGUCAGCUGAUAAACAAGGAAAAAAGCUCAGUAUAUUUACAUGACAAGGUUGAUGAGGCAAUUGUUUUAAAAGUUAAGAGAGUUACUGGCAUCAGCAGACACGCUUUUCCUUUAAUGUACUUAGGCUGUCCUAUUUACUAUAGUAGAGCAUGCUUGGCCUUUUACUAUGAUCUGAUCACCAAAGUAAGGAACAAGCUUCAGGGAUGGAAAGGCAAAUUGCUUUCAUUUGGUGGAAGAGCCACUUUGUUGGCUCAUGUAUUACAGGCAAUGCCAAUCCAUCUACUAUCUGCUAUGGAUGCUCCUUCCUUUGUGAUUAAUAAGUUAAACAAGAUAUUUGCUCAAUUCUUUUGGAGCAAUUCUGUUGGUGAGGUUAACAGACACUGGGCUAAAUGGCAUAAGGUCUGUAUGCCUAAGGAAGAAGGUGGACUUGGUUUUAGAAGGUUGGAGGAUAUGUCUAUGGCCUUGUUUUCAAAACUCUGGUGGAACUUCAGAACCAUGCCUUCUUUAUGGAGUUCAUUUAUGAGCAACAAAUACCUAAAAAGGAACAAUCCAAUUCUGGUACCUUGGAAACGAGGCUCUCAUGUUUGGAGAAAAAUGUUGAGAGCAAGGGAUGCAAUUGAUCAUCUCAUUUGGUGGCAACUUAGAAUGGGUUCUUCUUUAUUUUGGUUUGACAAUUGGUCUGGAUUGGGACCACUCUAUUUUCUUACUCCUCCUGAUUUCUACUGUGAUGAAAACAUCAAUAAUGUUGCUGAUGUGGUUAUAGAUGGCAGGUGGAAUGAAAAUAUUCUGAGGAACUGUUUACCUGAGGAACUUGCUGAACAUAUACUGCAUGAAGUACACCCUCCAAGUAGUCCUGAUGAACUUGACAAGCCAUGGUGGACACUGGAAGCUAGGGGUGAGUUUUCUGUGAAAUCAGCUUGGGAAUAUUUAAGGUCUAGAGGCCAGCCUAGGGAUGCAUACAAGAAGAUUUGGGUGAAAGGCCUUCCUUUCAAAAUAGCCUUCUUGACGUGGAGGGUGUGGCACUUCAAAAUACCUCUGGAUGAUGUGAUUAGAAGCUGGGUAUACCAUAUGCCAUCAAAAUGUUUUUGCUGUGCAGAACCUAAAGAAGAAUCAGUACCACAUAUUUUUUUGAAAUGCCAAACUGCUCAAAGGGCUUGGUCUUAUUUCUCUGCUGCUGCUGGUAUCAACAUUGCAGACUUGAACUUGCAUCAAGUGAUUACAAAAUGGUGGACUACUGAUACACUAGCUAGACUGAAGCCUAUUUUUUAUGCUAUCCCUUCUAUAAUCAUGUGGGAGUUGUGGAAGAAAAGAAAUGGGGACAAGCAUGAAAAUAAGGUUUCUACUAGCAGGGGGAUAUAUCAAGCAUCAAACAACAUCCAACAAUUAGUAAAAUUAAGAAAACCAAGCAUAAGAUCUGUCCCUCAUAGAUGGUUGGAAAUGUUGAAGAUUCUGGAGAAUGUUGUGCCAAAACUACAAAUUACAAAAGUUCUGUGGACUUUACCUGCUGCAGGAAUUUGGAAGUGCAAUACUGAUGGGGCCACUAGAGGGAAUCCUGGCAGGAGUGCUUAUGCUUUUUGUGUAAGAAAUUCUGAUGGAGACUUGGUUUAUGCAAGGGCCAAGGAAAUGGAGGAAACCACUAACACAGUAUCUGAAGCAAUGGCUUUGCUUAGUGCUGCAAGAUUUUCUCUGGCAAAACAUGUGUACUCCUUUAUUCUUGAAACUGAUUCUUUACUGAUGAAAAAGAUUCUGGAUAGAGAAUGGAAGCCUCCAUGGAAUAUUAUUCAUGCAGUAGAGGAGAUUUGGGAUAUAAUGCACAAUGCAGAUGUUCAAGUACUGCACACAAUGAGGGAAGGAAACCAAUUAGCAGAUCAUCUUGCUAAUUAUGCACUGGAUAAUGGAGAAGUGAAUGUAGCCUCUUUUGCAGAACUAGACUCAACAGGAAGGAGGAUUCUCAAUAGUGACAAAUUGCAGUGUACACAUUAUGCAUGGAAACUGGAAGUCUACAAGUUUUCUGGAAAUUCUACUGGUUUUUGUAUCAUUGAUCCUAUUAAAAUUGGAAAGGAUAUAAUACAUACUGAGUUGAAUUUUCAUUUUUCCCAAGUUAUUCAAAUACUUAGCACCAUUGAUCCUAUUCACAUAGGAGAUGACAUGGUCCAUCUGUUAGAUUACAUUCACCAGAAGAUCAACUUUCUGAGGCUAACUUGGAACUCUAAGGAUAAAUUUCAAGUUAUAAACAAAGCUGAUCACAUGCUUUGUCCUAUUGAUCCUAUUCACAUAGGACAUGAUAUGGGAACAUCAGAAGUUGAUUGGAUGAUGGUACUGGACUCAUACAGCAGAGAGACAAGAAGAAAUCAAGAUGGCUUUGUAAGACUAUUUCUUGGGAAUACCAUGAUUCUGCACAGUGAUCACUUGAGGAUGGUAGGUAGUCAGGAAUUUCCAGAAUUGCUGUUAUGGGAAGUAAGGCAAAUCCUUACAGUGACAAUCAGUUCCUAUAUGAUGACAAAUCCUUAUGCAGUGGUAUUAGCACUUUGUGCUCAAUCUGCAGAGGAGAUGACAUUAUAUGGAAGCUGGUGUGGCUGUAUCAGAUGUUCAAGUUAUAUAUGGCAGAUAGUUUCAAGCAGGAAAGGAACAAAUUCAGUGUUAAGAUCACUCAAAUCAUCAUGUAGCAAGUUGGGAUCAUGCAUGCAAAAUCUCAGGCAGUUAGUAUCCAGCAGUAUAUCAUAUGUAUAUUGCAGUAUACUACCUGAGUUUUGGAGGAUAACUCUUGUGUUACUGAUAGACAAAGGACAUACAUGUGCAUUCAUGAGUUUCUACAGGAUUGCAGGCCCUGAUAUACACAACUACAUUGCUGAUAUACAAAGAUAUACAACUGAUAUUGGAGUGUUGGCCAACUUAUGCAUCAAUGGAUCUAACUUGGGACAUAUUUUGGUUGACAAGAGGAAGAACAACAUUCACAUAUGA